AUGCCGAAAAUCGUUUCAAGUUCUACUGUCUCUUCUUCGGAACAGAUAAUUACUCCCCCAGAACAACAUCUUCAUGUUUACUAUUGUUUAUGUAGUGAAUUUAUUCUGGUUAUAGAUGCACGCCUAGAUAAAUUACCUCGUCGUAAAACAGAUCGGGCAUAUAUAAUUUCAAAUAAAAAAAGAGUUUACAAAUUGAAUGCAACUGAGGCUGAAGAACCAGUUAUUCUGGGAAGAAAUAAUGAAUAUGAAAAACAAUACCGAUUACAUUGUCCGCGAUGUAACCUUUUUCUUGCCUAUGAAUUUACCGAAAAAAGAAAAAGUGGACCUUUUACAUAUAUUCUGGAAGGAAGCCUAACAGAAAAUCAAGGUGUCGUACCACGUGAUGCGAUCCCUAAUCAAGAAAAAUAA